AUGCAGACGGCGAGUUCAGUCCAGUUUACUGUGGAGUCGCAAGAAAGGAGUGCCGCCAUGCUGCAUCAGAAGCAGCUCUUUGAGAAGUUCUGGAAGGGGACCUUCAAGGCGGUUGCCAUGCCGAGGCCGGAGAGUGUUAUUGUGGCCAGCAUCAUCGCACGCACGAGGCUGACCCGUCCAGCGGCAAAGGCUGACCAAACAUCAGGUGACAAUCAGACAGACGAGAACCUAGCUGACUCCAAGCCAGGUGACGUAGCCUACAUCGACCAGAGGAAGGAGAGUGCUGUUGACUGCACAGUGCCCCCUCUUGACGGGAAGAAAAAUCGUCGCCACGGCCGUCGUCACCACCACCACCGUCGUCACCGCCGCCACUGCCGGGCCGUUAGUGUCUCCUUUGACGAGGGGUCGUCACCAUGGCCAAAAGCCAAAAAGAAGAAGAAAAAGUUGCAGCGCAAAAGGCAGAGGAGGAGGUCGCACUCCUGCAGCCUUUCUCCGCUGAAAAAGAAGAAAAAGAAGAAGAAAAGCUCCAAGAAAAGCAAGCGGCAUCGGUAUUCUCACAAAAAGUCCAAGCAUGGCUCCUCAACUUUCAAGCAUGAGAGAAGGAAUGAGCGCAAACGGAAGAAAAGCUCCGGGACGGGAUCGCGUCGAAAACGCCGCCGCAGGAGGUCGACAUCGGAAGGCUCCUACCUGUCACAUCCAGAGGACAGAUACCCGGCCUGCAAAAGCCGCUCCCGUGAGAUGCUGGAGGCCAAGAGGACGACCGCCAACGUAUCCAAAUUAGUAAAAACGACGUCCUUCCUCGCAAGCGCCUCCACAUGCUCAUCAAAGCUUUUCCAAAGACGAGCGUCGAAGCAGGGUGACCGGUCGCACGACUGCGACUCCGGCAACGACACCUCGUCACCCUCGUCCAGUAAGACUGGCGCGGCCGACAGGAGCGACUUGCCGCCACGGCGGCCCACAUCCUUGCCGUUCCCUGAUAAGGACGGGGUGUCAGACUCUGGGAACUCACUGACCAGCUAUGCAUCCUUUGGCAAACCCGGCGAUGAAGACGGUUUGAGUGCUGCUACACUCCUCAAGAGAGGACAUGGGGCUUUGGGCUCUCGACUUUUUGUGGCGAGAUCUCCACAGAAGUCUUCCAGUGGGCGACUGAGCAGCAGGUGGCAUCACAGACGUCGUAGGAGCAGAUCAUCGGAAAACUCCAGACACCCGGAACGACCAAGCUCUUCGUUGUCAUCUGUCAGUUCCUACUCACGUUCACCCAGCUAUUCACCAGAUCUAAAGUGGGGGCGGGGCAGCUUGAGCAGCGUCAGCUCCAGAGGAAGCUACUCAAGAUACAGAUAUCGCAGGUCGCAAAAGCGAACGUCCAGCUCCAGCGAGACGGAUGCAGAGCAUACAGUCAGCAGGAAAAGACGAAGGUACAGGUCCUACUCCCCCAUGAGGAAGAGGAGGAGGGACUCGCCAAGCCAUCUGGAAGCCAGACGGAUCACCAGCGCCCGCAAGAGACCCGUCCCAUACUUCCGCCGCAGCCCCAGUACGACGUCCUGGAGCAGCCUGUUCUCGCGCUGUCGCUCCGGAAGCCCCGCCCCUUCUUUCUCCCCAUCAUCGUCGUGCUGGAGCUUCACUCGUGACUCGCCGUGGCGAUUCGGGGGGCGUCACCGCAGUGGCAACAGAGAGUCGCAGCGCUAUAAAAAGUCGAGCUCGGCUAUUGGUUGCAUUUGCGCCCGGGACGAGGACGGUGAUGCGCCAGAGCCGGAGUUGAACUUCUAG